UAUCCCGUCUGAACAGUUUCUUCUAUUCGACUGAAUACCGAAAGAACCUGGGAGCUAGUUUGAAAUUUGAUAAUAGACUGGGGAGUGGAAUUGAAACAUGGUGCACAAGUUGAAGUGAAAUAUAACCUAUCCAUGCACUAAUGGAAGAAAAGCGACGUAAACCGUUUAAAGUUUGCAAUUCAGAGCGAACAAAAACUCAAGGAAUUGUCGCAGAAAGCCUAAACGAACUCAAGGAAAGGGGAAGGUCAAAGUUGGGGAUAGCAGCAGGGAACUGCCGAGUAUUUCUUGACAGUGAUGGAACAGAGAUCGACGAUGAAGAAUAUUUUAGCUUCCUGGAAGAUCAAACUAAACUUAUGAUUGUUUGUGACGGGGAUGAUUGGACAGCUGGCUUGCAGAAUUUUAGCUGUAGUCAAGGAAGUAGAGAAUAUAGUAUCAGCAGUGUAGGGGCAAGUUUGGAGACCAAUGAAAGCAUGGAAUUUGACAGGACAGAUGCAGGAGAAAUGACAGAUGACAUUCCAGCUGAUCUUCUCAUAAGAAUUAAAAAUGAUCCUGCCUUUUUUAUCUCAUUUUCUGAUGAAAGACUCCAAGUUGUGAUUAAUAUCGAAACCGAUUCACUUGCCACUGUUUUGGGGAAAAGUGUUAUUGAAGCUGAACAUAUUAGGGAAGCAUGCCAGCAAGAACUGGACCGAAGGAUACAACUAAGGGAAGCUACACAGUUAUUGAAACUUUACCAAAGAGCUCAACAAAAUCAAGAAUCUAAAAAUGAGUCACAAAGUGCAGGAAAUAAGCGAUUUCGGGCUACAACUGAGUGACAUGUCCUAUACCCUAGAGCAUACCCUACUCCUUUUCAAAAUAAAACAUUUCUAUCAAGUA